AUGUGAUUGACAGGUUGUCCCACCCUCGUGCCAUUAAACACAUUAUCAGAGAAGUUGCUGAAAAAGGGAUGGGAAGUUAUUUUGAUGAACCAGAUUAAACAAAUAUCAUGAUUUUCACACACAAAUCAAAUUAAAAGUUUUUGAAGCGUUUUGAAUCCUCAUGUAAACAAAUAAAUCAAAACAACGUCAUGCUCAUCUGCUGAAAUCCUUAAAACCCCUCCCGUUCACAACCAGCUGUCUCAUCCAGAACAGGUUUAACUGCACCUACCUUCACUUCCUUAUGCACUUAUUUUUGUGCUUAUAAAAAUCUGUGAGCUAUGAGAAAGGUUCAUCCCUGUAGUCAGAGUGUAGAUGAGCAGUUCACCCAAAAGAAAGAGAGAAGUAGGUGAGCAUCCUAAAAGAUAUCAGAUCUAUGUCAUCAUUGCUCAUUUAACUCAGAGCUGAUCAUGGGGGCUUCACAGAGCAAAGAUAAGAUGCACUGCACCAGAUAUCUGAACGGCAAAGGUCCUCCACCGCUGACUGAGACAGUUCAAGCGGAAGUUCAAGGAUCAAACAACCACAAAAAGAAUACUCUGAUAAAACAAGGCAACCAGCCAGAUGGAGGAAAGAUGAAUUGGAAUAUCGAAAGACGGAGUUUGUCGGGACAUUCUGAAUGUGACACCAUUCAAAUCACCUUUCAUUUUGAUGAUGGAAUCCAGUCGGACAUGCAUCCGCACCCAGGACAUAGCUACAAGGGCACUGAAUUUGUGGCCUACCUGCCUCAGAACACCACAGGGACCAGGAUCCUCCGGCUACUAGAGCAGGCCUUCGAAAACAAGCUGCUGUUCACUGUGGCGGCCAAUAUCAGCGGUGAAUACUGCGUGACACCUGCAGAUAUACCCUUCAAGACUCAGGACAGCGGGGGACCUGGAAGCUUCGGCUAUCCAGAUCCAAAUUAUUUGAAAUCAGUGAGGAAAAGUCUCAAGGUAAAGGGGAUCAACUGAAAGAAGAUGGACUACUAUGACUUCAACAAAAUUUCCAACCUCGUCAUGACCCUGCUCUGCGUGACCAGGAUAUGGAUAUGGAUGUGGCACAAUUACAUGGAGUUUGAAGUUUACAGCCAAAUCAACAGAACAUGGUCGUGGCUGAUCAGUUUGACAUUGUGUAUGAGGACCUUUAUAUGCAAAGCCAGAAACUGAGUUGCAUACGGGGCGACUUAUUGUGUAUUUUCUAUUAAACAGAGUUCUAUCAUGAAGUAAGACAGUAUUGCAUUACUAACUAUUGCUUAUUUGCUUAAAGUGUUUUUAUAUAUUUUUAAAUUAAAAAUAAAAAUUGAUGUAA